CGGACGACCACGCACCUGACCCUCUUGAGGAGCUUUGAAGACACACUCACGUGAUUCCCUCCUCCCCUUCCACAUGCGCACGGAUUGGACCGCCUGGUCCUCUUCCCGAUUGGCUGGGAGAACCCGGUGGGCGUGGUGAGGAGGAAGCUAGGCUGCUGCUGAUAGGGCGACUGGGAACGGGGCAAGAUGGCGGCGGCCGGGUUGAGGGCGAUGGUGGGAGUGAAGAGGGUCAUUGAUUACGCUGUGAAGGUGCGCGCGGCGAGGCAGGGGAGGGCGGCGCGCGGGGAGGGAGUCCCUCGGACGCCUGGGUCCCAAGAGGGGGAGCGCUUCUCCUCUGGAGGUCCCCCUUAGCCCAGACCCGCAUGUUAACACGACGCUGAGCGUGUGGCGCUCACACGUUCACGUUGUCACGUGUGUCUGAACCCCUGUGUUCACGGGCAGUCUGCCUCAGAAUAUUAGAUGUUGGAGGGGGCAGCUUUUUUUUCCUUCUCAAAACGGUUUCCCGGAGGCAUUUGCCUGGUGCUGCCGGCUUCUUUUCUGUCCUUGGCUGAUUGUUACUAACUUUUUCAGUUAUUUGUUUCUGAAGCAGUUUCAGCCGAGAAAAGCUUACAGCGAUCCGUAUGACUAGAAGGCCUUCCUGCUCAUGUUUAGCAUCUGAAAUGCAUGACACAGGAAGAAAAAAAGGGGAUUGAGAGGGAGAAAGGAAAGGAAACCCAGGCAGUGGGUUUUACUCAUUUAUUAUUUUAUUGCGUUUGUAUUCUGCCUUCCCUCCAAAGAAUUCAAGGUGGCGUGUAUCGUUCUCCCCUUCCCCACCUCCACAUUUUAUUUUCACAACGGCCCUGUGAGGUAGGUCAGGCUGAGAGACAGUGCCUAGCCCAAGGUCACCUCAUGCUGACAAAUGCCUUGGUGGAGGAGAAAGCAGCCAGUGGCUGUCAGCCGUGUUAGCAAAACGAAAUCUCCUUUUUCAGAGACGGUAUAGUUACGCUUAAGUUUUUCACCAUAGAGUACUGUAAAAGAAAAGAAACAAACUUUUUUUGCAAUAGAGUAUUGUAUUAAAAGGAAGAGAUUUGAGGGAGGGAGGAGAGUUGACAUCAUGGAGGUGUAUUGGGAGAGAGCAGAGUUGUUGAAGGAAGCCUUUCUUGCCAUCAUGUUGCAUUAAACCCUGCCUGGUUUUAUUCUGUACUUGUAUCCCUCAAUCACUUCGUUAAUAUUUGUUUCUGAUUCAAGAAUCUCAGCUGGACCUUGGACCUGAGAGCAGUGUUCAAAACUCCCAUUUUUCUAGACACAUUUUGCAAAAGGGAAUUUUAUUAAGCGAGAACAGUUUUUGAGCCUUGGGCACAAUACUGACCCUAAAAUUUGAGAUUAAAACUGCAGAGUGGAAGGAAAGGAGGACCUUUUUCUGCCUCCCCACUUCCAGCUACUCUCUGAAGACUGGAAAAGAGACCCUCUUAAGAAUAUUAGGAGAGGUGGGCAGGGGAAGGACUAGACGGUGUGAAAAAUGAACAUAAUAUUUUUGCUGCAAUUCAUUCAUUUUCAGCUUUGUAUUCUUGUUUUUUAAAAAGUGUGCCUAGACAUUCCGUUGUUGUGCCCAUAACCUGGGUUUAAGGUGCCAUUUAGCGCCUAGCUUUCCUGUCUUAGUUUCUAACACUGCCUGAAAGAUCAGGGCUAAAUUUCCAUACUCAGUGGAUGUGUCUUUGGGCAACUUCUGUCUUUCAUUCUCAGGUAAAUGGGAAUAACAGUGACCUGUUUGUUGUCAGGUUUUAUGCUUAUAUCCUGUGUUUCUUCCACGGAGCUCAAUAGCUUGUAUUCUCCUGGGAUUACUGGCUUGAGGCUAGCCAGUAAGCUUCAUAUCUUAGUCAGGAUUUGAACCUGGGUUACCCAUCUACUUCUCCAUCCAAUCAAGACUUUGAGGGCUUCUUCAGACCUUCUGAUUUUCUUAUAUGAAGGCGUUUCCAUGUAGGGAAGCUGUGUGCAGGUUAACAUUUGUGUGAGGCACUCGUAUGUGGCUCUCCUACUGAAUGCAUGCAUACUGGGAAACUGCCCUCCAGCGUGGAUAAGUUGUGAAUGCAUAUGUAAUAAUAAUAAUAAAUAAUAAUUUUAUUAUUUAUUCGCCACCUGGGUUUCCCCAGGUGAUAUUUGCACCUGAGAAUCUACAUGCAGCAGUCUCGUGUCUUCUGUUCAGUGAUAGUUUUGGUAUCAGAAGGUAAGGUCUUAACAUCUGAAGAACCCAUGGCGCUGAUCAGCCUAAUGCAGGUUUCCUUAAACCUUGGCCCUCCAGAUGUUUUAAGACGACAGUUCCCAUCAUCCCUGACCACUGGUCCUGCUAGCUAGGGAUCAUGGGAGUUGUAGGCCAAAAACAUCUGGAGGGCCGAAGUUGAGGAAGCCUGGCUAAUGUGUGGAGAAAGUCUGCAGAACAAUGCCAGAAGGUUCUAACUGCUGGAAGGUUCAAAUGGGUGCCUUGCAGCUGUGUGUGAACACAAUCCCUAAGCAGCCAGUGUGGUUGCUGAUUGCGCAAAGACGUGUGUGCAAACAGCCGCCGCCUUUUUCUGAUUUUAAGUCUAUGUUUACUGGAUCUCUGUGCAGGAGCAGGCUGUUUGAUCUUGGGCCUUCCUUACGCAAACAGAAGCUUCUUCCAAAACACUUAAACCCAUAAACAUUGAGGAGGCAUACAAUGAGUAUUCCUGUUGUUCCUAGGUUUUAAUGCUCCAUUUCUUUCUCUCAAAAGAGUUGAGGGAACUUAUUUGAAAGUGCCUUGGACUUCAGCUGUGUGUUUCCUGUAAUUCCUUGUGUGCUUUUGUAUUGUACUGUGGACACAAUUCUCCUUGGGAGUAAGUCCCUUUGAAUUCAGUAGAACCUAUUUCUGGGUAAACAUGGUUAAGGUUGCGGUAUUUGUGUAUGAAUGUGUUACUAGAAUUUCUUCUCUCAACCAAAGAUAUUUCUUCAUUCAACUGUUUCACAUGUUAUGCUAAGCCAAACCAUGGUUUAACGCAAAUGCACAAGUGUGAGAGUUCCCAGAGAGGAGAUUGUGGCUGCUUUGAGCAAGCCCUGGUUUGGCUAAACAUGCCAUCUGAAUGCAGGCUUGUGGCUUAUCUGGAGGAGAAAAUAAUGAGCUCCGGUUUGAAUAACGUGCUAAAACACGUUAGCUUGCAACAGAAUCAGAGAGGAAGAGCAAAGUGGCUGCAAUCUGCGCCCCAGCAGGCUGCACAUUCAUGCAUUUGCACUAAGCCAUAGUUUAUCUUAAACAAUACAUGCAGACCAGCUCAUUGCCUUCACAAACUUUAGGGAUGAGAGGAUGAGGAAAGAGUAGAACCAAACCAAUCAACUUGAGCACCCCAAGAUUAACCAGCCCAAGGCAUAGAGGAGGGGUGAGUGGCUCCUAAGUGAAUAGUUUUGUUCUUUCUCUUUUUGGUCUUCUACCCCCUGCCCCCAUCUUCCUUCACCUGGACUGUUCCCAGAAAAGUUGUAGUGUAGAGAUUAGCAUUUUGUGAAACUGACAGUCUGUGGAUGUGCUUCAACUUCUGCAAUCUUGGCAGCCCUUUUUGGAGCAAACCCCAAUUGCUGAAAUCGCAGCUGAGCAUAUCCAUGUACCGAUGGGUCAUGUCAGAGCUUUCUCUGUGUAAUUUCAUUCCCAUGCAUGACCAGAGAUAAUCAAGUGGAGAAAAAUCAUAAUUGAAAAUGACCACAUGAAUUGGAGAGCAGAGAAUGGCUGGAGGGAAUGGGAUGAGGUUGAUUGCAGCCACCGCCACCCCCCAGCCAUUUGUGUCAUCUUUGUUUUCAUUUGUUUUGUCAAAAUCUUUUAAUUGUUCCUCGCUUCGGGAAUCCAAGAUGAUUGAAAGGCAGGCUAAAAAUAAACAAGCAAACAGCCCCCACAGAAGGCUGUGCAUAAAGAAUAAAUUGCAGCCUUAUGUUUGUGGCAAAAUUAGUGGAUGGCAAAGAUAUAGAUAUAGUCUUGGCUGAGAGGUUUGAUUUCAGGUGUUGCUUGUUGGCUUCCCACUAGCAGUAGAAGGGCUCGGCCAGGUCAGACCAGGGGCCCAUCUAGUCCAGCAUCAUGUUCUUACAGUGGUCAAACAGAUGCCCAUGGGAAGCACAAGAGCAGGACCUGUGUGCAACAGCUGGCAUUCAGAGGCACACUGCCCACCAUAGUAGAGGUAGAGCAGAGCCUUAUAAAGGGAGCGGGUGGCGCUGUGGUCUAAAUGGCUGAGCUGCUUGGGGUUGCCAAUUGGAAGGUUGGCAGUUCGAAUCUGUGCGAUGGGGUGAGCUCCCAUUGCUCUGUCACAGCUCCUGCCAGCCUUGUAGUUCGAAAGUAUACCAGUGCAAGUAGAUAACUAUGUACUGCUGUGGCAUAGUUACCUUAGCCUUAUCCUUCUUGCAUUUGUCUAAUCCUCUCUGAAAGCCAUUAUGGAUCUGGUUGGCACUGUAAGAACAGGAUGUUGAACUAGCUAGAUGGACGUUUGGCCUAAUCUAGAUGGGCUCAUCUUGGGUUCUUAUCUUAAUUAAAAGAGAGCAAGCUCUUACGGCAAGCAUGCAUUAAUGCAAUUCUAAACUAUUUGAAAACUUUCUAAUGUUUUCUACCCUACCUGGGGCUGAUGAUGCCCUGUCUGAUGCAUUCAGCUUCUGGAUCCCCAUGCCCCAAAGAGGAGUGGGAAAGGUCCCCAAGAGCUUCUUCCCCUAGUUCCAGAUCUUCCUUAGCUGCCUCCAUGACAACUUUGCUCCUCUUGCAGGUGCGGGUGAAACCAGACAAAACAGGCGUAGUGACAGAUGGAGUCAAGCACUCCAUGAACCCCUUCUGCGAGAUCGCCGUGGAGGAAGCCGUGCGCCUCAAGGAAAAGAAGCUCGUCUCAGAGGUGGUAGCUGUGAGUUGUGGUCCACAGCAGUGCCAGGUGAGGAGGCAUUCCCCAAAAGCAGGAGGCAAGUCAAAUAGAGGGCAAGGGAAGGAAAUCAUUGUGUAACCAGAACCCACAGCUGAGUAUCCAGUACUGGCUGUGGGCUUUGACAGCAGUGGAUAGUGUCCAUUGAAACUGUUGAGCAGAAGGCAGGGAAACCAACAAUAGGUGGAGCCAGGGCCAAUGGCAAGCAGAGCCACCUGACUGGUUGGGGCAGGUGGGAGCUGAAUGAGGACAGAUAAGAGGUUGUUGGAACCCUGCCCCAUCUGCCCUAAUUUUCAUCCUCCACUGGCCUCUAUAUAGGACCUCACCCCAUCAAUGGUAUCUCAAACCUGAGUUCCAUUCCUAGAUGGUUGAGUUGGUCUCUUCUGCUUUAUCCCACACUGCUGCUGUAUUCUCUCACUCACCCCAGACUUUCUCCUCAUUUUUGCUUUUACCUCCUUCUCUCCUCGGCCUUUAAUUCGUGUCAAAAUUUUGUUCAUGUGACAUUUGGUAUCUGGUGUAGAAUUCAAUUCCUGGAAAUACUUUAAGAAAGUCUAAUGUCUAGCUGUUAUAUUUGUCAAGCUGUGCAUUGGUUGCUUACGCACUGUAAGCAAUUAAACCUUCGCAAUAUAAUAGAAUAUACAUUAUUUUCAAAAAUGGCAGGUUAGCUCAAAAGUGAAAAGAAGAACUUGGGUGGUGGUGGAAGGAGAUUCAAACUAUUGCCUCUAUGGUCUGCUAAAUUCCUGCAGAUGAUGUUUUAUCUAAGUUUAGCUGCUAUAACAACAAAGUGGGCAACUCUUGAAAUUGCUUUGCUUUACUGUGUCAUUUAACAAAUCCAUUAACUUGUUCGGCAAUGACCAGCGUGUUGUUUUUUCGAGGAAAGAAAAAAGACCCAGCAAUUUUGUCCCUUGGAGCGUUUUAGAGGAAGUAGAAGAAAUAAAACAGGCUCCUAGAUAGUUCCUCAGUCACCUUGGCAAAGUCUUCCUUUGUAAGGUGCAUUAACUGUACGUCCUUAAUUUAAGACCUUAUAGUUUGCACUUUAGGGGGUGGUGAUCAUAUUAGAAGACCUUGGGUCCAAUAAGUAACUAGACCUGUAAUUCAGUUGAGCUACAUAUAGAAACAUACAUGGGCUGAAAAUGUGAGCAUAUCAAGGAGACUUAAAUUCCUGGUUACACAUGCCUCUUCCCUCUGCUGCUGCCAAUUCUGGCUAAGCGCUGUGCAGGUGUACAAAUGAUCUAGUUCCUGCCUAGAGGUGUACCUAAUGUCAGCCUGUUGCAGGGGGCAGCUGGAGCCUUCAUACCCUGCAUGUGAACACCUGCCUGGCUGUAGCUCCAAACAGAAUGCUGGACUCGAUGGGCUGUUGGUCUGAGCCAACAGGGCAGUACUUGUAUUCUUAAGAGUGGUCUCUGACAAACAGGUGGCAGUUGCACAAUCAUAUCUCAGCUUAAGAAGCUGAGAUACGUGUGAGCUUCAGGGACCUGCUUGCAGCCACUUUGUUCUCCCCUUCAUGCGAGUUCCUUGUCUGGACAUAACAGCAAGCUAUGAUUAACUGUGGCUUCUUGGCUUGUUUUUGGCUCAUUCGCAGAAGAGGAAGAGCAAAGCAGAAGCAAAGGGGUUACAUGCGGGUACAUGAAGCUUGUGCGCUUCUCGGCUUAUGAAGCCAUGGUUUGAUUAUGCAAAUGCAGCCCUGGAGAGAGAGAGCGAUGGUUCUUAAGUCCAGUCAUCUCUUGAAGUGCCUCUACUUCACCUUUAAAAUACAUCUUUUCCAGAUGUGUCCUUUUGGGGUGGGGGAUGGACGUAACCAGAAGGCAUCCUAAGUACUGAGGUUGAGUAGAAACAGCAAGAAUCUUGUGGAACUUUAAAGCCUUGCAGAUUUAUGAUGGUAUACUAUCUCUCCUCUACUGUACUUGUCUGACCACAUGAUGCAUCUGAUUAAAGUAGACUGUAGUCCAUGAAGGCCUAUGCUGUAAUGAAUUUCUUUGCCCUUUGUAUCGCACGGGACUCUUUAAGACUAAAGCAAGAGUGGAAGAGCUUUUACAGACCAGGGGCCACAUUCCCUGGUGGCCACCCUUCAGGGGCCUCAUGCCUGUGGUGGAUAGGCAGAGGAGGUGACUUGUACCUUUGUACAGUAGGCUACAGAUUACCAUGACUGCUCCUACUGGGUUGAGUAAAACUGGAGAUGUAAAAUAAGAAAAGCCUGGCAUAGAUGAUGCUUUGCAGGGAGCUCUGUUGAAGUCCUCCAACACCCUGGCUUUGGACCCCUAGCUAAAAUGAGGUUGCUGGUUUCUUGCGAGCCUAGUUCUGAGUGAAAGCCGGCAAGUUGUCACCAUUGCAGGAGGGCAAUGUAGCAAGAGAAGGGCUAGCUCAGCUGUGGUUUAGAGUUUUCAUCCUCGGCAGUUCUCCUUGGGUAGGAAGCUUGCUUGGUGAAUUUUACCCAUGGUACUUUUCUUUUCCUUAUCUUUUUAAUUUUUAUUUUAAAAGUAUAAAGAUUCAACAUACAUAUACAAAUCAAGAAAGAAAGGGGGGGGACAAGAAAAAAACCCCUAAAAGAACCAACACUACAAAUACCACUACCCAUGGUACUUUUCUGCUCUAAUUAGGGAUCGGGAGGGAAUCUUUCCUGCCACCAAUAUUGGCAAGUGAUUUUUAAAAACCUGCCUUCCUCUUAUUUGUGGGGUGGCUUAAGAUGCAGUAGGCAUCCUGUACGUUCUAAAGCAACAAAGAUCGUCAGCAGACCAGGGAACUGGUGGCAUCAGCGUACCUGUUGGGGCACAGCUCCUCUCCUACCUUCCCUAAGUCUGCUUGACUUGUGUGGCCUGAGGGAGGACAGAAGUGAAGAAGGCCCGUAGCUCAACGGUAGAGCAUCUGCUUUGCAUGUAGAAGGUCUCAGAUUCAAUCCCCAGCAUCUCAUGUCUGAAUCCCUGAAGGAGAAAAUACUACACACACCAAUGAUCUGAUUCAGUAUUGGGCAGAUUCAUAUGUUCUUAAUAGCAGGCCAGGGAGUUUGUGCCAUUAGCUCUUGAAAGGACCAUUAACCAGCCUGAGUAAACUAUAUUUUUGCAAUGUAUAUUUAGUAUUUCAUUCCUUGGAAGAAAGGCAAUAUUUAAAUGACUCAAAGUAGGCACGCUGGAAUUGAUGAACCUAAGUUCAUCACUGCUGUUAAUUUCAGUGGGUAUGCUUUAGUAAAAGUUAGUUGAAAACAACCCUAUUCUUCUAAGAACACCCCCCGAAAUCCCUGCUGACAGCCUACGAUCAAAUUAAGGGUCAUUAGCUGAGUCAUAGAGCCCAUGAUUUGCAGGCAGAAGGUAUUGGAUGCAAUCUCUGGCAUCUCUGAGUAGGACUGGAAAAGACUAUUGUUGGAGGGUUGUAUCCCAACUAAGUUGUGCUCAGAGCAGACUUAUGAAGUUGAUAGACCUGUUGGUUAUGUUUGUUAAUUUCACUGAGUGUACUGCGAGUGUGGCGAACUUUGGAACAUUGGAUGCAGCACUGACUCCUUGCCUGUCAGUGUAGAUCAGGGGUUCCCCAUGUUUUUGGGCCCCUAAGAGGCACAUUAUCUAUGAAAUUGCUGCAGGCAGCGCAAUGCACCCAUUUCACAGAAGAAAAGUGGACAGUGCUCAGACACCCCCCCCCUUAAAAAAAAGGAGGUAAAACACCUGCAUGCCCCCUAAAUCACAGACAGAAAAACGGCAGGCAACUCUCUCUGCCCAACCAAAAAAAGAGAGAGAGAGAGAGCGCCAACUUUCUCCUUUCAAUUUAAAUAAUAAAAAUAAAAAAUGAGGGGUGCAAGGGCCCAUGGUGUGUGCAAAGAUGGCCCCAGUGUGACUCAACAUGGGAUAGUUUAGUAUGUUCUUAUGCAAGUGGUCUGCUUUUGAGGAAUCUGUUUGCUGCGGGAGCAGCUUUCUCUCAUAAAUACCCUCUGUUUGUACAGCUUUGGUCUGUGUUGCAUGGACGGGUGGAACAGAGUGGACUCCUCAGGGAAGGUCCAGUGUGACGCUGGGGGACAGCUUUCUUGCUCCUCGUUUGGUGACUAGAACUUCUUGUCCCAAAUUCUUUUCUCCAUCCUCCAUUUGAAAUUGGUGCUCAGGCGCACCUAAUUGCUUGUCCCAAAUUCCUUUCUCCAAUUUUCUCUUGGGAAAUUGGUGCUCAGGCUCCUUUCUGUCUAUCUGCCAACUUGCUGAGUGGCCUGUGAUCAACAUAAUUAAUUCUAAAUCGAGAGCUUUUUACAGCUCAGGGGGCUGAGUGCAAAGAGAUGAGGGAUGGGGGCUGGACUAACUGGUGUUAGUUAGGCUGGUGGCCACCAGGUGGUACCAGCGGCACACAAGAGAGAGCUCUGUAGAUAUGCUGAGAGCAGCAUGUUGAAGAUGCUGGAGCCAAAACCCUUUCUUCUCCAAAUACUGGGUACCAACCUUUGACAGAGUUAACACACCUGAAGCAAUGGAGAAGCCUGCCUUUCGCAGCCUGUUGAGGUGUGUGGAGUGUAGUUGUCUGGGCUAGAGCAUUGCCUGUGUGAACAUUAAGGGUGGUUUUCUUGUCUGAUGAGCAGCAGAGAGAGAAUUAGGAGUUCGACAAAUGAAAAUGAGGUUCCCGUAGCUUUACUAGUUGUGUAGACGAGGGGGUUUCAGCAGGGCACACUGUUAAAGGUGUAGGACCACCAUCAUCUAAGCAGCUCACUGGGUUGUUAAGAAAAGGGGCUCUGUUUAGAGAGCAUCAUAAGAGUUGGAAGGGACCACAUGGUUCAUCUAGUCCAACCCUCUGCAAUGCAGGAAUCUUUUUGCUCAACCUGGGGCGUGAACCCACAACCCUGAAUAAGAGUCUCAUGCUCUGCUGCCUGAGCUAUCAAGGCCUGUGAGUCUAGGGCAGACUUCAAGCUUUCCAAAUUUACCUUUCUUUCUUUUUUUCCUUUUCCUUUUCCUUUUCUUUUUUUAACCACCAUUUGGAGCUGAGGGCCAAACAGUGACUUGUGAGUAAGACUAGAUCCAAAUGAUGACUUAAGCAGCAGAAGCAAUUGACUCCUGCACCCAGGAUAACUUGCAUAUAUGCAAGUAAAAAAAUAGCAUCUGAGUUAAUUUGUAUCUAAGCAGGAAUUCUGACAAUUCUAUAUUGGGGUAGGGGUUGUGAUGGGAGCAGCUUUUUUGUUGCUAUAAUUGGGAACCUUUUCCAGCUGACUGAAAAUCAUCCAGCAACCUACAAACCAAUCCCAAUGUACCUUCCCUUCGCGCCCAUCUAAGGGGAGCCCAAAUGCAGGAUGGGAACCAGCAACAGAAUUUUCAGCGGACACAGUUAGUCAUAACACAAGAGAUGAGAAUCUGCAUCACCUGCUGGAAUUCCCUCUGUUAGAGAGAGGGUGGGGGGAAGGAGGAGGCGGCAGGGCUCCCUUAAAGGUGCUGACAGUGCAGCCCUCUGCACAUUUACUCAUAUGUAAAUCCCACUAACUUCAAGAGGGGUUGGCUACCAGGUAAGCGCAUAGGCUCGCCACCUGCACAGCCUUGAGCACGGCCCUCCCGCAGCCAAAACCCAGCGUUCUGUUCUGCCCUCGGACAGCUCCCAAGAAAGGCCAUGGGAGGGGGGCACUAGAAGGCAGACGCUCCCCACUUUGCUCUUGAGAUCCCACACGGCGUGUGUCUGUGCGCAGCUCCAGCCGGUGAAAGUAACCGGUUUGGACAUGCCUCUCUUGCCUCCCCCUGCCUCUCCCCAGACCUGGCUCUGCUCUCUUUUCUCUCAGCUGCGGCUUCCUGACAGCCCCACCGUCGCCAGCUAUUUUCUGCACUGCUGCCCCCGCUUCCCAGUGACCUUCACUUGCUGCGCUGCUCUCACAAUCCCCCCAUUUUUUUUUUUUUAAAGCAGCCCUUCCCUUCCCCCUGCAGCAGCAGCAGCAGCCAAGCUGACGUUCCUCAGUCUCUGAGAUUGGGAACAAAUGCAGGGCUUUUCUUUCUCUCCCAAGGCCAUCUUCUCUCUGCCCUCCUGCUUCUGAUUUCUGCCUGCGGUUGUGUAAAGGGCUGGCUGGCGCAGUGAUGGGUUUACUAUUGCAAACUCAGCAGCUGCAUCUGUUGGGGGGGGGGGGGAGUAGUGCCUUGGCUCUGUUCCCAGUGGGGCAGGCAUCCCCCUUCCCUAUAGAGGCUAUUAUCAUUGUCAUUAACAAAACUGGAAGAGAGAACUCAGAUUUCUUCAUGCCAGAACAGUGUAUCUUGAAAGCACAGCAUCCAAUUUUCUUUAUAUUACCGGUCCCGCUCAGGGCAGCAUAAAUCUUCCAAGACUGCCACCCAAUACUGGUUUCUUUCUCAAGAUGACUGUGUUGAUUCUCGACCUGUGCUCUUCUUAAGCAACGCAAUCUUUCCUUAGUGAGAGGCUGUGUUGGUCGACUUAUGGGGCUUCCCAGUGCUGUUGGGCUCCCAAAGUCCUAUCAGCCCUAGACAGCAUAACCAAUUAUGGGGGUGAUGGGAGUUGUAGUCCCCUGUAGGCCCCUGGGGUAAGGUAUGUUUGAUUGCUAAACAAGCAAAUAGGCCUGAGAGGGGAGCUAACAUCACAAAUGUAUUGUUUUUCCCCGGAGCACUCUUCUUCUAGGCCUUCCCGGGGGACUUUCUAGGACAAGAAUUAAUACCUUAAAAUUCCGAGGAAAGCAGAUGUGUGUGUCAAGUUCAAGGCUUCCAUCUUUAUUGUUCCUUUUGCCGCCUCCCUCCAGGAGACGAUCCGCACGGCCCUCGCGAUGGGGGCCGAUCGAGGGCUGCAUGUGGAGGUCCCUGCCAAGGAGUACGAGAGCCUCAGCCCCUUCCAGGUUUCGAAAAUCCUGGCUGCACUUGCCAAAAAAGAAGGCAUCAACCUUCUGCUGCUGGGGAAGCAGGUAAUAGAGAUGCAAGUGUGUGUGUGUGUGUGUGAAAGAAGGGAUGAGCUCUUGCACAGGUAAAUGGUGCGGCAUGGAAAUGAAUGUGCACCCACCAUGUUGCUCUCCUUACGAACCUCCGGGGAUCAAGUUUCUAGUAAUCAAGCUUCCGGAGAAGAACCAGUGCACCCAGCGAGCUGGCGCCUGUUAAAGCCUGAUCUCAUCCCUUGCCUUCUCAUGCCAGGAGUCAGUCCAAUAGACAGCUUUCUGCAUGGGCUCGCCAUCAUGGCCGAGGCACAAUUUCCAUAAGAACAUGGGAAUCUGCCUUAUACUGAGUCAGGUUACUGGUUCCCCUAGAGAAAUCUUGCCUGCCUUGCUUGCCAGUGGAUUUCUCUCUCAGCCCUACCUGGAGAUGCCGAGAAUUUGAACCCGGGACCUCCAGUGUGCAAGGCAGAUGGUCUGCUGCUGAGCUAUGGCCCUUCUUCAGAAUGGGGACGUUAAUAUGGCUUCUUAUUACCUAGUGGACAUAAGGGGAAAAGUAACUGGCAGGCAUAGGGGCAGAGUUAAGAGAGGCUGAACCUAACAGGCCUGAGGGCUGAAAGGAGCAAACAUCUGGGUUGCCAGUUGCAGGUUUCCAACAGUAUAUCUGGACUGAAGCUGAUCCAUGGAGAUUUAUAAAGUGAUCUCCGAGAUGACUGGAAAGCAGAUCUGAGACUUGGGACUUGGGAAAAGGAGGCGGAAAACAGCAGGGGAGGUGCUGCUUCCGCAGCAUCACCUGUUAACUCACAGAUGGGGAACCUUUGCCUCCCUGGCCAGAGUCAAAAGCAGGCAGCGCAGCAGUUGUGGAUCUUACCUUUGUACAGCUGGCUGCAUUCCAGACACGCAAGAGCCUGAACUUCCUACAUAUAUAUACAAACACACACAACACGCUUCCAUCUAGGCAAGCCAGAGACAAUGCUUCAAGAAGGAAUUUCAGCCAGGCAAAAGCACAUGACUUGAGGCUGCUGGGCAUCGCAAGUCGGAGAUGUGGCCUGGGAAGAGGGAGUCUCGCUGGAGAGUCCCGAGGGCCAGGUCCCAAGGCCCGGAUGACCACAUUUGGCCUGAAGUUCCCACCCCCUGUGCCGAGACCUCUGGUUCUGCCCCCGAAGGAUGCAAGGUCUCACUUUGCAGGGGCUGUUACUUGUCAGAAGGAUGGUCCUCAUUUCAUGCGGCUGGUAAUUUAUCCGGCUCAAGGGGAACAUUUUGUCACUGCUGAAAUGCUCAGGUGCCCACAGGUACCCUCAUUCCUGUUGGGAGACCUGGCCUGACUUGAGCCUCCCAAAGAGAGUGCAACCAGUACAUCCCAUGUUACAACUUUUCCACUUACGAUGGAUGGAGACCCUGGCAUUUUGGGGCCAGAUGCAAUCACUGCAGAGUCCUGGGAGAGGUGCCCACAGGAAUGCGUUUUGGUUGCUCUGUCCCCUGAAGGGGAAAGGCUCUUUGCCCUGAAAAACAGCUGCGCUUCCUUGUCCUUUGUGUGACACCUCCUCUCUCCAAUCCUUUUUCACCCCUUGCUUGUUUUUCCAGGCUAUUGACGAUGACUGCAACCAGACAGGGCAGAUGACCGCAGCCUUUCUUGACUGGCCUCAGGUACUAUUCGGUGGGGAGGGGGCGUGUUAUGUGGAAUAGAUGGAAGUGAGCAGCAGGGCUGGCAGGCAGAGAGCAGGUGGCCUAUUAAGGAAGACGCAUUUGUUUUCCAUACUUGAGGAGGCACAGCUUGAAGAAGGGAGCCCAUCCAAUAGGCUACAGUGAUGGUAUGAAGGACUGGGGUUUGCCGGCAGUGGUUGGGGCAGAGCCAAGAGUGGGUGGGCACCCCUUCUUUCCUUCCUGUUUGCCAUUUUCUUUCCCCCUGUUUUCCCUUUUCCUUUCCUUUCUGGCCUGAGGGCAGCUGUGUGACCAUCCUGCUUUGAGAACCAGCGUGACGUAGCAGUGAGAGUGUCUUGACUAGGAGGUGGGAGACCAGGGUUCAAACCCUCACUGAGCCAGGAAUCCCACGGGGUGACCUUGGGCCAGCCCUGGCCUCUCAGCUUAACCUACCUCACAGGGUUGUUGUGUUGAGGAGGAAGAGAACCAUGUAUGCCACCUUGAACUCCUUGGAGGAAAAGGUGUGAUACAAGGGCAAUAAUAAAUACAAAUAAAAUAAAAGGAAGGAGUCGUUCGACAUACAGGCAGCCCCUCCCCCUUUUACGCAGGAAUUACGUUCUGAGGUACCACACUCCUUGGUGAAAUCACGUAUAAUUGAAAAAGCCUGCAAACAGCCUGUUUUGCUCCCCAUGAGCCCCCGUUCCACUCUAUUUUUCAGUGACAUAUUUAUGUCGUUUCUGGGUCACUUCCAGGUUCAGCGCGAUGUGCAUAUACACGGUCGCGCACGUAUUGACCGUGUGUAAACGGGCUGCCGAUAUAGGUUUAUAACAACCAGGCCAGUCACCAGUCACCUAUUUUUGUUUGUUUUGAUUCAACACCCCACCCUAAGCUAGUGACCUAAUUAACGUGCCAGUGAAACGCUGAACUAGCUGGGAGGCGAAUGACUGACUGAACUCUUCUGGACACAAAGUUGCCAAGGUGCCCCCAGAGAGCCACGCACAUCCCAGGCUCCUUCAUGAUGUGGUUCCAAAAAUAUAUUAAGCAUGCAGUCUUCAAACGAUUUAAUGGCUCUCUGCCUAGGCCCUCCGGUUGUGCAUCCCUGCCUCUUCUGCCGUGGAUGCCAGUGGCUCAUAAUAGAGAUAAACGCCGUGCCCUGGGCUUGAGCUUGUGAGGGCAUCAACCAGUCAUGGCAGCCUCGGCUUAUUCUGAGGUAUGCCUGAGGGCUUGUCUGGGCUCAGUCGCCUAAGGAGGCAGGUUGUUGCGAUUCUCCAUUGUGGUUUAAUGUGCUACCCUGGGCAUGUGGGUGAUUGGCAGGGUAAGAAGUCUGAAAAACCCCUAAAUGAUUUCAAUAUUCGCUUAGCUUUUGUCGUUUUUUAAAAAGCUGGUGAGUGCUUCAAGCAUGUGCAGUUGGUAUAGCAACUGGCAAAACUCUUCUGAGGAUGUGUACUUGUAGAAAUUCAUGUAAUGUGUUACUUGCCCUGCCUUUAAUCCAGCAGCCCUUCUCUCCCCAUUGCAGGGAACAUUUGCUUCACAAGUGACUCUGGACGGGGACUGGCUGAAGGUUGAGCGGGAAGUUGACGGGGGUCUGGAGACAGUGCGUCUGAAGUUGCCAGCCGUGGUGACUGCUGACCUGCGGCUGAACGAGCCGCGCUAUGCCACCCUGCCUAACAUCAUGGUAUGGGCCUGACAACUUUUCAUGGGUAUUCCGUACUUGGCACAGCAAACCCUUAAGCAGAGCCUUGCUCUGGAGAUAAAUGACACACACCCCUUCCCCAUUUUGUAUCCAUUUGGGUCCGGAGGACAUGAGGACAAAAUGGUAAUUGACGAUUUGUGCAGAGCCCUUGACUUCCCCAAUUGAUUUUCACAUUUAGCAUUUCAGCAGCAACGGAUGACAAAUUGGGCAGGGGAGCAAACAAGGGUGGGUCAUUUAAGUGCGCCUUGUUUUUAUUCCCACCCCAACCCAGAAAGCCAAAAAGAAGAAGAUUGAGGUAGUGAAGCCGUCCGACCUUGGUGUAGAACUUACCCCAAGGGUGAAGAUUGUCAGCGUGGAGGACCCUCCCCAGCGUCAGGCUGGAGUCAAGGUGGAGACGGUAGAAGAUCUGGUUGCUAAGCUCAAAGAGAGUGGGCGGAUCUGAAUCUUCAAGUGGUUCUGGUAAGGAGAAUAUGCAUGUUAACUACAGUUGUUGUUGAUGGGGUUCAGCUCCCAGCAGCUCCUGCCCAGCAUAUCCAAUAGUAAAGGAUGGAACUGAAACCAAACCUGAAAUCUGUUGCAGAAAAGAGUAGCCUUUUCAAAAGGAGUGGCUCAGUUGUCAGAAGAUCAGGAAGAAUCCAUCUGGUGAUGUUGAAAAAGAUUGUCUCCUGUCUUCAUCCCCAAAGAGGAGCAAGAAAGCUAUUUUCUAGCAUUUCCCUUCAUCCCAGGUGCAUUUUCUCCUGGAUGGGGACCUGUACAGCUAAUUAUAUGGAAGCGUGGACUCAUUUUGAAGUGUCUAAGGCCUUCUAUCUAAACUAAGUGAGGCUUGCUUUUUUCAGUGAGAAGUGUUCAGUUAGUGCAGAAGAUAAUCUUUUUGACUUUGAGAAUUCCAAGCAAGAAGAGGCAAUUUGUUCAGCAGCGAGACCCACACACUUGUUGGUCCCUCCUUGGAUUUUUUUUAUCACUGAGCCUCAUCUCACUUAAAAGUGAAAAUAGAGAAUGUGGUAACUGCCUUGCUGGAGACUGACAUCCGUCAUGUCUAGCAUUGUUUCCUGCAGCAUCGAGGCAGUUUGCCCCUUGGAAGUGCUUGAGCAGAGAGUGAAGGCAAUAGCUGCCCCCUGUUUUCUAUUCCCUGCAUCUAGUGUUCAGAGUUAAACUGCCUCUGAACAUGAAGGUUCCACCUCACCCCUUGUUAUUCAUACCUGUUGAUUCCCCCCAUUUCUUCCCCCCAUCGGUGCAAGCGGUCAUCAUGUCUUGUGGUUCCAUAAGCUAAGUCACUGAGUAAAUCAUACUUGUUGCACUGGCGAAGGAGUUCACGGCAGUGGAACACCUUUGUGCAAGUGGUAGCGUGAGCAGGUUGCUGGUGACUCGGUUGUGCAAUAGAUUGCUCGGUCUGUUACACACUGAAUUUCUGCUAGCACAUCCGUUGCAUUGUAUCCCGCUGUUGCACAGUGCUGAAAUCCACCCAUCCGCUGGCCCAAGAGCCGUUGCACUAGCAGACAGAGAAAGUUGUGCACAGUCCAUUGAAAUCGAUGGACUUAGGUUAGGUAUGCCCAUUAAUUUCAGUGGGUCUGCUUUGAGUACAACUAACAUUGAUUGCAACCUGUGGUUUUAAGUGAUCUCCUGGCGGGGAAACAUUUAUAGUCUCUCUCGAACUUACCUCCCACAAUUGGCAGUACCCAACUGCUGGUAUUUGUAUGAGAGGGAACAAAAUGCCCACUCUCUCUGUCUCUCUCUCGCCAUUCAUAAUUGCAUAGGUGCAUGUGUCAUUUACCCCCUUUAGGUGUGUGCGUUUUCCUCACAGGAAAAUGCUCCAAGCCAUUGUGUAGCCCAGCACUAUUCAUGUGCCCUUGGAAGUCCCUCACUGUAUUUAGUGGAACUUAACUCCCACAUUCCAUAAGGUCUUUCUGCUGGGUAACAAGAACUUUGCAGACUAUUCCAAGUGUGAUUGCACCAUAGAUAUGUAUGUGCCUUUAUAGUUGCCGUUCUUCGCCAGAGAGAUAGGUAUGUAUAUAAAAUGGGUGUUUAUAUUUGUAUGUGUACACACACACACACACACACGCGCGAAGCUAAAUCUAUGGGUUCUUCCCAGCUGCACAAAUCAAUUCUGCAAGAACACAUGAAAGCAGAAAUUCAUUUGAUUUGAUCUGUGGUCAAAUAUACCUUAACGAGUGUUCUGGAGGGUGCAGUAUUAGUGCAUGCAAAUAGUAUGCUUGAAAAGAAAAAAAUUAGAAGGUCAUGACGUGAGGUGGAAUUAGUACAGUGCAGCGGAACCAAGAGAGCUGCAUAGCUUUUGCUGAAGCCGAAUUGGAACAGAGUUCAUAUUUUUUAUGGUCUGACUCCCUGAAAUGCAGCCCUGCGUACUUUUUAACAGAGCGCCUGUAAUCACUUGAUGCUUUGACAGAGAUUAAAAAUAAAGCCGCAAGUGCUCGGGAAUCAUUUGAAAUGCAACUCUGGCUUCUGCUUUUAGGAUAAGAAGGCAUAAUCGACCCGUCCUUUCUCCCUUUCAGCUUUGCCUGGAGCUGCUGCUGCUGCUGCUGUCGAGGUGGGUGUGGCCCUUGGGGAAGGGGGCGCAUCUUCCCACCUCACUGGGUCCCUCCGACUUCCUAACCAUGCUGCCUUCCAGCUCAGCUGGCCACUGAUGAAAGCUGAAUGAGACUUUGAUUCUAUUUUCUGUAUUAAUGAUUGGUCAGAUUGCAUAAUAAAUGUCCUGUGAUUUUCGGAGGUGCUCUGAGCAAGCGU